AUGAGCCAGUUGAGAUCUCUUCUGACUCCUCUGACUCAGCUGAGGGGGGUGAUGCCGUCGCCGACGACACGGCGACCACUCGCCACACUCCUCGCUUGGAGACCCCCCCGGGUUUCCCGCCUCGGCCGUCUUCGCCACCUCCGCAGCCUGCUGCUGUGGACUCUUGAGCUGAGGCUGCUGGAGCUGGGCCUGGGAGUGCCUUCUGCAGUGGACACUGGAGCUGAGACUGAGGGUCAUGAGCCUGCGGGUGCUGGGACUGAGCGUACUGAGCCUGCGGGUGCUGGGACUGAGCGUACUGAGCCUGCGGGUGCUGGGACAGAGAGAACUGAGCCUGCGAGUGCUGGGACUGAGGGCACUGAGCCUGCGUGUGCUGGGACUGAGGGUACUCAGCCUGAGGGUACUGAGCCUGGGGGUACUGAGACUUUGGGUGCUGACUCUGGGGGUGCUGAGACUUCGGGUGCUGACUCUGGGGGUGCUGCGAGUCCUUCUGGAGGUACUGGAGCUACUAGGCCUGGAGGUACUACUGGAGGUACUGGAGCUGCUACUGGUGCUGGAGGUGCUAGAGCUACCACUACUGGAGGUACUGGAGCUGGACAGCCACCGCAGCCUGCUCUACUUGAGACGCUCUCGCCGCAGGCGAUUCGUGCGUGGUUUGUUCGGCGAGGCAGUCCUGGUGGUGGAGGGUACGGUACUAGAGGUACUGCUGGCGCUGGAGGUGCUGCUGGUGCUGGGGGUACUGGAGCUGCUGCUGGUGCUGGAGGUGCUGGAGGUGCUGGAGGUGCUGACCCUGGAGGUGCUGGUGCUGGAGGUACUGGAGGUGCUCGAGCUACUGGUCCCGGAGGUGCUCGUACUGGAGGUGCUGGAGCUGGAGGUGGAGGCACUGGAGGUGCUGGAGGUACAAGUGGUGCUCGAGGUGCUGGCGCUGUCGGAGCUCGUGGUGCUGGAGUUGCUGGUGCUACUGGUGCUGGAGGUGUUGCUGGGGGUACUGGAGGAGCUGCUUGUGCUGGAGGUACGGGAGCUACUGGUGCUCUUCGCCACCUUCUCAGUCUUCCGCCAGGUGCUACUGGCUUCCCUAUGGCAGGUACUACUCCUCCGUUGCUGUGUCCACUGGCGGACCAGUCACAGCCACCGCUGCUACCACAAUCCCCACUGCCUGCUCCUGCUCCUUACACUGCGGUGUCAGAGUCCCUGACUGAGCGUCGAGAGCCUGAGACUCGUGCUUCCACCCCUGAGCGUCGAGAGCCUGAGUCUAGUUUUGACCUUGAGCCUGAGCCUAGAGCUGCUCUCCGUGCUCGUGUUCCUCGUGUUCGUCGUCAGCGUGCUCCGGCUGUCCCCGGCACUCACGAUAUGACACUCCGUCCUUCCUCUGUUCCUCGGUGUGUUGUACUACCGUUACCUCCUGCGUCCUCUCUGCCUGACGUUGCUGACCCUCCGUCUGACCUUGCUCGUGCGUCCAGUCCGACUGUUACUCGCCUUCUUGCUACGGUUGUGACGGACCCUACGUUCUCGUCUCCUGCUGCGUCUGCCCUAGUAGCUGAGCUCGUUGACUUUGCUGCUGUGUACCGCCUAGACUACCUUGCGAGUCUUGUCUCUGACCCUGUCCCUGCUUGUCCUCCGUCCGUUGGGGGUGAGACUGCUCUUGGCUGUACUGCCCUUGGCUGUGACGUUCUUGAGGACAGACAGGAGGAGCUGGAGUGCCUUGCUGCCGCUUCACCCCAUCACGCGACCAUGCUGCUUGCCCCUGAGGGAGACCCGGAUGCACUUGGCAUCCCCACCCGCGCUCCUACAGGGAGGCGAUUUCGGCUCAGCGUGACUACGAGCUGCACUCCCUUGACUUCUUGA